AUGGCUUUCGUCCCAACCAAGCGGCAAGAGGGUUCAUACGCCGAAGUCGCUCCGCACCCCACCAUCAAGGCCAGGCCAAGCGGUGUGCGCACCCUCUCCUCGCGAAACACGACGCCUUCAUCCUUUACCGACACGUUGUUCUGUACGAUCGAUACAUCUAGGGUGGAGGAGAAAGAGAAGGGAAACGUCCAGGUGGCGGACAUUAGAAAGGCAAUCGAGACAGAGGCCAGGGCACAGGAAAGCAUGGGAGACUGGCGUUGCGCUGCGGUUGUGAAGGAGGCCCGAAACCCGGACCGAGUCAGAGUAAUUUGCAGGGACGAAGGCGAGGUCCAGCUCGUCAAGGAAGCGGCAGUGAAGAUCAGUGUUCCUGGAGUGCGGGUAUUGAGAGACCAGUUGUACCCGGUGAGGGUAGACAAUGCCAACCGAACAGCGGUCCUCGAUGCGGACGGAAACAUCCUGCCGGGAGCCGCAGAGGCGCUAGGGACAGAGAACGACGUCAACAUUGCGAAGAUUGCCUGGCUCAGCAGGAAGGAUACAAGCAAGGCCUACGGCUCGAUGGUUGUCUACGUGACGAAGGGCAGCGAAGCAAGGCGACUUCUAGACGGGCGUUACUUCCAUCUCGCCGGAGAAUCCGCUUACACGACCGUUUUCGCGCCCCGGGAAGGCCCAAUCCAGUGCUACAGAUGCCAGGAGAUCGGCCAUAAGGCCUUCGCCUGCAAAAAGCCGCAAAGAUGCGGAAGGUGUGCGGAACAGGGUCACCACCACAAGACGUGUCAGUCCGUGGUCCUGAAGUGCGUGCUAUGCAGAGGACCACACGAGUCAUUUAGCAAGAACUGUCGGCAGAGUCUGCUAAACGACGAGGGACUCAAGGACUUCGCAGUGCUGGCCAUCUCCGAACCAUAUGCCAGGCUGAUCGAAGGCUCGGUGACGACGGUCCCAAUGAGUCAUCACAACUGGACGAAGCUUAUACCAACGACAAGACGAGAAACCACGUGGCCAAUUCGGAGCAUGCUAUGGGUACGAAGCGAUAUAGAGGUCGAGCAGAUUCCAGUGCCGUCGGCAGACCUCACCGCAGCACGCAUUCGGCUCCCAGAUCGGGCAGUGCUGAUGGUGUCAGUGUAUGUGGAGGGUGGUAGUGACGAAGCACUGGAAGAUGCAAUGAGGGAAAUUGACCGACUGAUUAGGAGGUUUCGAAACGGAACAGGGACGAGAACGGAUAUCAUCCUGGCGGGCGAUUUCAACCGCCACGACCAGCUUUGGGGAGGGGACGAUGUCUCACCACGGAGACAAGGCGAGGGAGACCGCAUCAUCAACCUCAUGGACGAACACUCCCUCUGCAGCCUCCUCCCAAGAGGCACGAAGACGUGGCAGUCAGGCGACAUUGAGAGCACAAUCGACCUGGUACUGGCCUCUGCAGAACUAGCAGACCAACUACUCAGAUGCACGAUUCACCCCUGCGACCAUGGCUCAGACCACAGAGCAAUCGAGACAGCUUUUGACACCACGGUGGAGGACCGUCCCAGUGAGACGAGGUUCCUCUUCAAGAACGCGCCCUGGGCGGAAAUUAGGACUAGGGUGGCAGCAAACCUCGAACGCAUCCCCUGGGACGGCAAUGUCCAGCAGCAGACGGACAGGCUCAUGGCAGCGGUAACCGAGGCGGUCUACGGCCUGACACCUAAAGCCAAGCCCUCACCAUACGCCAAGCGGUGGUGGACAACAGACCUGACACGGCUUCGCCAGACAUACACGUUUUGGAGAAACCAGGCGAGAUCUCGACGUAGGAUUGGGCAAACAGCACCAGAGCUCGAACAACGAGCCAGGAUGGCAGCCAAAGAGUACCACGACGCCAUCCGCAGACAGAAGAGUUCGCAUUGGAACGACUUCCUGGCCGAUGACGCUAACAUCUGGCAAGCAACGAAGUAUCUGCAAACCGGCAGCGGCACGAUGGGCGAUAAGAUACCCCCGCUCGUCCGACCCGAUGGCUCCAUCACGGAGGGUAAAGCAGAACAAGCGCAGGAGUUACUCACCGCCUUCUUCCCACCUUUGCCAGCGAGAAUCGAAGACGAGGGCCAACGACCUCAACGGGCGCCGGUACACAUGCCAGACCUAACAAUGGAGGAGAUAGAACAAAAGGUCCUGUCCGCUAAGCCAUGGAAAGGCGCCCGGGGAAGACGGUCUACCGGCAAUGACGGCGACAUCCCCAGCCAGUGGAGGAAUGCCAAGAUCAUCCCAUUGAAGAAGCCAGGGAAGAGCGAAUACACUCUAGCCAAGUCCUGGAGACCCAUCUCGCUGCUCUCCACGCUGGGUAAGAUACUGGAGGCAGUCAUUGCGGAGCGUUUAUCCCAUGCUGUGGAGACGUGCGGCCUUCUACCCGCCAACCACUUCGGAGCCAGGAAGAGACGCUCGACCGAACAGGCUCUCCUUCUGCUUCAGGAACACAUCUACAAAGCAUGGAGAGCUAGGAAAGUGCUCAGUCUGAUCAGCUUCGAUGUCAAGGGCGCAUACAAUGGGGUCUUCAAAGACAGGCUUCUCCAGAGGCUCAAGGCAAGAGGGAUACCUGAAUCCCUGGUCAAGUGGAUCGACGCCUUCUGCUCCAAGCGCACAGCGACCAUUGCCGUAAACGGGUUCACAUCUGGACGGCAAGAGCUGCCCCAAGCGGGUCUUCCGCAAGGAUCGCCGCUGUCUCCAGUGUUAUUCCUCUUCUUCAACGCCGACCUAGUGCAGCACAAGAUUGACGCAAACGGAGGCGCAAUUGCCUUCGUGGACGACUACACUGCCUGGGUAACGGGCCCGUCAGCGGAGUCGAACCGCACUGGAAUCCAAGCUAUCAUCGACAAAGCCCUUGACUGGGAGAAACGGAGCGGUGCGCAGUUUGAAGGCGAAAAGACAGCCAUCAUACACUUCACGAGGAACAUGGAGCGAUUUUCAGAACAACCGUUCUCGGUCAAAGGCGAAGUGGUCAAACCGAAGGAAAGUGCGAAAAUCCUAGGUGUCGUGAUGGAUCGCGAACUCCGCUACAAGCAGCACAUUGCUAGGACGGCAGCUAAGGGCCUCGCAGCCGCUCUGGCCCUGGAGAGGCUGAAGAUGCUUUCCCCGCGGACAGCGAGACAGCUAUUUGUUGCGACAGUAGCCCCGGUCAUGGACUACGCUGCCAAUGUCUGGAUGCAUGCGUGCGGGGAAAAGGCACUGAGCUGGCUGAACAGGGCGCAGAAAAUCGGGGCCCUGGCCAUCACGGGAGCCUUUCGAACCGCGGCAACAGCCGUGGUGGAAGCUGAAGCGAGCAUCUACCCCGUACGAGAACGACACGCCCAGGCGGCAGCAAGUCUGUGGAUCAACAUCCACACGCUGCCCGGAACGCAUCCCCUUGCCAUGAAGAAAGUCCGGACCACCGUACGAUUCGUAUCUCCGCUGCAGAAAAUUGCCCGUGUGGCCGAAGGAGUACGAGUUGACCGGAUGGAGACAAUCCAGGAAUACGCCGUCCCGCCCUGGGUACCUCGCCUACGACCGACGCUCGAAGCCGAUCGAGGGAAGGCGGCCGAGAUGGUCAACAAAAUUUCGGGAAUCGUGAUCGCAACCAGCUCAUCCGUAAAGAAGGGCAUUGUUGGCAUGGGCGGCCUUGCACGGGAUACUCUCUUCAACAGAACUAGCGAGACUGUGACAAACUAUGCUGUUGUUCUUGGGACAAGGGAAGAGCAGAACCCAUAUACAGCAGAGCUAGCAGCCAUCGCAAUGGCCCUGGAGAAGUUACCGGCUAGCAUCUGCCACAGGCACAUCACCGUGAUCACUAGGAACCAGUCAGCGCUGGCAGCAGUUGGACAGCCGCGGCAGCAAUCCGGCCAAAGCAUCAUACGGCAAAUCUACGACUUGGCCAGGCUGCACCGACAAAGAGGGAACUCGGUCAACUUUCUGUGGAUACCAGCGGAGAUUGACUUCGCGCUGGGGUCAGAUGCCAAGGCAGCAGCCCAGAGAGCGUCGAAGCAAGGACGCACACCCGACUCCCAAAUACCCCAGGCCAAGUCUACCGCGAUGAGGCUGGCAAUGGAAAGACAACGGGCGACAAGAGUUCUACCUGUAAGCGUGGGCAAGUUCUCAAAGGCCAUGGACGCAGCACUACCAGGCAAGCACACGCGCCAUCUCUAUGACAAGCUGAAGCGAAGGGAGGCCUGCGAUUGGGGCGGUCGAGUCAGACCUUUGUGCCUGUGGACAAGCGAGGGAAUCAGUGGAACACUUUCUUUUCCGAUGCGUGAGAUGGACAGCUCUGAGGGAAGACAUGCUGCAAUGCACAGUGGCAAGACGAGGAAGCCUCUCGUUCUAUCUGGGAGGGAAAGCGCCAUCAGAUACAAGGCAUUGGUCACCAGAUAUGAAGGCAGUCCGGGCGACGAUCAAAUACGCAAUGGCAACAGGAAGGCUGGAGCUGAAUGA